AUGACAGUGCAAAAGAGGUUCACACGCACCUACACAAUGGCAGGUGUUCUGGAGGAAUUUCAGCUUAUUGGGCGAGAGAAAGAAAAAUCUGAUAUUAUUGCACUAAUUAAAGAACAAGCUAGCACCCAUCAGUUUGAGGUGAUAGUAGUAUGGGGAAUGGGUGGUCUUGGAAAAACCACUCUGAUAAAAAAUGUUUUCCAGAGCAAAGAUGUCACUGGCAUGUUUGGGAAAUAUGCUUUUGUCACAGUCUUGCGACCUUUCAAGCUUGAGGAACUCCUUAGGAGCUUGGCAUUGCAACUAGAUGCAAACAAGGGAUCCAUGGACUUUGUAGGUGACACUCAAAAAAACAUUGCUUUGAUGGGAGUUGCAGAGUUGAUUGAAGUGUUGGGUAGACGUUCAGAAGGAAAGACUUGUUUGAUUGUUCUUGAUGACCUCUCAUCUAUCGCAGAAUGGGACAAAAUGUUGCCAUGUUUAAAUGCAAUCAAAAAUCCGUUCAUCGUGAUCACCACAAGGCGAGAGGAUAUUGCUAAGCAUUGUUGCAAAAAACCAAUGUGCAUACGCUUGCUCAACGGUCUUGAAGAAAAGGAUGCAAGUAAGUUGUUCACAAGAAAGGUAUUUAAGAAUAGGACUACUGAUUUGGCUGAGCAAUAUCCUGCGUUGGUUGAACCAGCAAAACUAAUCCUAAAGAAGUGCAAUGGACUUCCCCUUGCGAUAGUCACCAUCGGUGGCUUCUUGGCUGAUCAACCAACAAAAACUGCUGUAGAGUGGAGGAAACUGAAUGAGCAUAUCAGUGUUGAGCUGGAGAUGAAUCCAAAAUUGGAGGCCAUAAAAACAGUCCUUAUGAAAAGUUAUGAUGGCCUACCCUAUUACCUCAAACCUUGUUUCCUGUACAUGUCCAUCUUUCCUGAAGACCGCAAUGUUAGCCAGAGACGUUUGGCUUACCGAUGGAUUGCUGAAGGUUAUGCACGAGACAAGGCCACAACAGAUAGAUACUUCAUGGAACUCAUAGAGAGAAGCAUGAUAUUACCAACUCAGCAAUCAGUUUGCAGCAUACAAGGAUUCGACUCGUGCCAGCUACACGAUCUGAUUCGUGAUAUCAGCAUUGCAGAGUCUUUGGAGGAAAAUCUUCUUUUCAGGUUGGAGGAAGGCUGCAGCUUGAACACCCACGGUGCAGUGCGUCACCUUGCCAUAAGCAGCAACUGGGAGGGAGAUGAGCAUGAGUUGGAGAGCACUGUGGAGCUGUCCCGCAUACGGUCAUUGACGGUGUUUGGCAAGUGUAGGCCAUUUUACAUUUCUGACAAGAUGAGGUUUCUUCGGGUGCUGGACCUGGAAGGAACAGAUGGGUUAACGAAUCAUCACCUUGAGCACAUUGGGGAGUUCCUUCAUCUGAGAUACCUCUCUCUACGAGGGUGUGAUCACAUCUAUUACCUCCCAGAUUCUGUGGGUAAUCUGAGACAACUUGAGACACUAGACAUCAAAGGGACGGGUAUAGGUAUGUUGCCCAGAACCACCAUCAAGCUUAGUAAGCUAUGUUAUCUCUAUGCUGGCAGCGGUUUAGGGGAUAACGAGGGAAAUUGUUUUUCAAAGUGUAAACGCAUUUGUGAAAUGCAAAGUCGUUUAUGUGUAGCAUGCUGCUCACUGGAUUUUUCAAAAAUGAGUGGUUUUGGCAGGUGUGAGGCUUGCCAUCUUGCUUGCUGCAUAAUGAACCCUAAUAUCAUUAGGGGUAUAGCUGAUUCUGGUGUUAAGGUGCCAAGAGGGACCAGGAAACUGAAGGCCCUGCGUACACUGCGGUAUGUUCAUCUUGCCUGGGGAAAUGUCAUUGUAAAAGAGAUAAAAGGUCUCACUAGCCUGCAGAAGCUAGGAGUGGUCGGUAUCAACAAGAAAAAUGGUCCAGGUUUCUGUUCGGCCAUUUCCAGCCUUAGCCAUCUUGAAUCAUUGUCAGUGCGGACAGGGCAUAUCCUAAAUUUUGGAAAAGGAGGGGAUAGCCUAAAUGGCUGUUUAGAUGACAUGUCCACAGCUCCGGAAAACCUGCAGAGCCUCAAGCUAUCCGGCAGCCUGGAAAAAUUGCCGGAAUGGAUCAAGGGGCUCCAAAAUCUAGUGAAGCUCAAGUUAGAACUCAGCAGGCUAUCAGGGAACCUUGAAACCAUGCAAGUCCUUGGGAACCUACCAAACCUAUCCAUUCUGGGUUUGUGGGAUAGCUAUUUCAAUAUCGAUGUACUCCAGUUUCAGACUGGCCUUUUCAGAAGGCUCACGGUCCUUGAUCUUUUUUACACAAGGAUGAAAAUUAGAUUAGUGGAGUUUGAGGAAGAAUCGAUGCCCAGUCUUGAGAUGCUGACCCUUAGCCUUGGAGAUACUGAAGCUGCCUUCUCUGGGCUAGAACUUCUCCAAAGCAUCAAGGAAGUACGGCUUAGUUUUCAUUAUAUCAGGUUUACACCCAAAUCAUCAAAAACGGGGGGGAUCGAAAGAUUGGACAAAGGAGAGUAUGAAUGGAUGAAGGAAAAAGAUAGGAGAAACAAACCCAAGCAAGAUAAAGUCAGGGAGGAGUUGCAGAUGCAGCUUGAUAGGAAUAAUAAUAAGAAUCGGCCAGUCUUGAAGGUGCAAUGA